UUCUUCGGCCGCCGUCCCGCUGCGCUGCAGACUGUGCUGUCACAUUGGAGAGAGAGAGAGAGAUAAAAGCAUCAGAUUUUUGGACUUGUCUAGAGAGAGAAAGGGACAGGAGGCAGAGGGAGGGAGAGCGGCGAGCGCUGAAACUGCCUGCUGCCCACUCCCCAGUCCCCACCCCCCACUUCUUUCUUCCACCACCUCUUCCUCUUCCUGCUCCUCCUCACCUGCACCCUCUUCUUGGCGCGGAGGGGGAGAACUUUUCGUCCCUAUCAUUGUCUGUCGACAGGGUGCGAGCUGCCUCGCGUCGUGGAUCCAAUCCGCGGCCCACGGCGCGCGGGGAUGGAUUUCGACGGCGCCAUUGGUGAUCAGGGUGAGAUUUGGGGAUGGCAAAGUCAGGAGUAUAGUCUGCAGAAAGAUCUGUUAGCUGAUCCCUGUAGCAGCUUGUGGGCUGAAGCAAGCAACAAUUUGAGUGAUGAUUGGAGCAUGUUUGAUGAGCAAACUCCAAUUAAACAUUGUACCGACUUCGAGUUUCAGUUCUGCGAUAUAGGAGAUAUCAUCGUCAAGGAUUUUGAAGAAGGGAAGGAAACUUUACAGGCUAAACGCAGACGCAUGCUGCAGUUCUGUCCAGAAAAUGUUGAGAUGACCUGUACUAUGACUGAAGAUGGGCUUUCAGAAAAUCUGCAAGGGAUGGAUUUUCCAGGUGCCAACUGUUUAUUGAACUCUGAUGGGACAGAUGAACUGCCAGAAGAAUGGUUAGUUGAUUGCUCACAAGAUAGCGAGCAUCGUUUCCCUGCUGAAGAAACGACUAGCCCUGCUACUGCCCUGGUAAAAGCCAACAAUACCCCAGUGAAUCAGAAUUCUUCGCCUUGUGAACAAGCUUUUGUAGUUCACAACAAUCCUGUGCAAGCUAGACCUACACCUCUGAAAGCUGGGAGAAAUAUUAUCAGAGCAAAGAAGGUGAGAACAUCGGUGGCCUUCCCUUUUGAGCUUAUCAAGCCAUGCAGUAUCCUUGGCGCCGUCACACUGAAUGACAUAAACGAGAAGAUCCACGCCCCACCGCCGUACAAGAUCAAGCACAAGAACGACGAGGAGCCCAACUCACACCAAGCUUCGGCUAUCUCCGGGAAACCUGUGGUCCACAAGACGAAGAUCCACACGGAAGGGGGAAAGGGAAGCAUCACGAUCAGCAGAACCAUAGGCUAAGUUGACUAUUGCUAUGUAGGAGAUUUGAUUUUGCAUUUCUAGUGCUCUGGGUUUGCCCCCAAUUGAUCUGUGGCCGAAGAAAUGCAUACCCUUAGUAGAGUGAUUGUGACAUUUCCCCCCUUGGGGAGCAUUUGCCUGUGCUUGCAGUUUAUGGGAUAGAUGUUAGAGUUUAGAUAGAGCGUGCUUGUUUUGUGUUGUUGAAAGGCGAAAUAGUUGGUGUAACCAGAUAAGUAUGGACAUAUAGGUUUGUUGAGAUGAUUACAUAAGAUCUGCAAGAUGUGAGCUUGACAGACUGAA